UUGGAAGAAUUCAAGUAUAUCCCUCUCAAUCUGGAGAAGCCUGCGAUACGGUUACUCUACCUACAUCCUGGAUUUGAAAAUAUGAUGAUAUCUUGCGAGCUUUCCGAAGCAGAAUUACACCAGCGUGAUCGUAUGAUUUCUUAUGAAGCUCUCUCAUACACCUGGGGUUGCUCUGAGCUUUCCGGCAUCAUCCAUGUCAACGGUUGUUGCCUGAGAAUCACGCAUAAUCUCUACAGCGCGUUGGUUGAUCUUCGCUACCAAGACCGUCAACGUGUCCUGUGGAUCGACGCAGUAUGCAUUGACCAAAAGAACGAUAAGGAGAGAGGACAUCAAGUUGGUCAAAUGGGAAAUAUUUACAAGGAAGCCGAUCGUGUGAUUUUCCGCUUAGGAUUGGGGUCAGUUGCAACAGAUAUCUUUAUGGAAAGCCUGCAACAGCUGCAGAAAGAGAGCAUACGGCAUGCUUGUAGAGCCUGGUCGCGCCAGGAUAGUCGCUGGAGAGGCCUCUGGGAAUGUUCUUUCAGGCCAAUUUUGGAAUUACAUGAAGCUGGCACCUGGGAAUUAAGAAAAGGUCUGCGGGAAAUUCUGAAGCAAUCGUGGUUUCGCAGGGUUUGGAUUCUACAAGAAGUGGCAUUCGCAAAGGCCGGCAUUAUAUCUUGUGGUAGAAAAUCUGUGUCAGCCCGCCUUUUUGGUCUUGCUCCUCUGCUCUUGUGGAUUCACCCCGAUGCGCACUGCCAAUCUGUAAUUGAUAUCAUGCCCUCUCCGUGGAGAGAAUCUACAUGGUGGAGCGAGAGUCGAAGCUUUUACAAACUUCUCAUUAAUUUUCGGGGCAGUGAGGCCACAGAUCCACGAGAUCUCGUUUACGCGCUACGAGGCAUGUCUUCCGAUUUGACGAACAAAUGCGACGACCUCCUUUUCCCAGAUUACAAAAAGUCACAAGAGAAGCUUGUUCACGAUGUCAUACAGUACAUUUACGGAUUCGAUGUGAGCAACCUUAAGAUGGCGCCGCGCUUGUCUUCGAUGCAAGAGCUGUUCAGUAACUUGCCGAGACUCGAGACGGAUAUUUUUAGGCAUCUAGCAGAGAUGUCACAACCCGAGCAUAUGGAGAGGAUUCUCAAGAUACCUGAAAUCCUGGUCAGCCAAGAUAUGAUCAAGGCUGCAGCA